CAUUGAUCAGCCUAAUUUCGUUUCUGUGCGCACCUCAGGCAUUUAGCAUUUUCGCGAUAGAAUAACAUCAAUAUUAUACCUUAACACAGAAAAACAAAAGGAAUUAUCUCUAUGAAUCGUUCCAGGAGAGCAUGUUCUUUGUAGAUUGUGCAGCCAUAAAGAAAAUACUCUUUUAAUGUUGACCUUGGAGUAGCUUCCGUUAUAAGACUUGUGGGUAAAAACAAAGAUGGCGGCCCUCAUGAAAAGAAACCUGUAUGUCACACCAUGGGCAAUUGUGCGUCACAAAGUGAAUCUGAAGGGAAAGCCCAGGCCAACUUGGUAUGAAAGAUCAAUUGUUGAAAAGAUAAGUGUGCCAUUGAUGCCUCGGGCUCCAGUUGAUUAUGCCAACAGAUGUGGGAAGCUGAAUAAUCAGAGGCAACAGUUGAUACAAGAUCAUCCAUAUCAAGAUUUCCUUAUCCGUAGAUGUAAAGAAAUGUUUGAGAAGAACAGUAUGGUAGCUGUCUUCCAACAGCUUAGUGCAAGUCGCAAUGAGCAGAACAAAAAUUUGAACAAGUUCAGGAAAAAAGGAUUUACUUGCCACCAUUUUAACAACCUAGUUGUGAAGAGAUCUAUAGCUGACACUAAGUGGGCAAACAUGGCACCUUUGUUUGUCUCAUCAACAUUUUUUAUCGCAAGUGAGGAGGCAAAAGUGAAAGAUCUUGUACAAGCCAGUAAGAAGGUGACAGACUUUGUACUAUUAGGUGCAGUAGCAGACGAUAGGUUAUUUUCCAAGCAGGGUCUGAUGGACUAUGCAGCAUUACCAGACAUAGAGACAAAACGUGCUGAAUUAGUUGGCAUACUCAAUCAUGCAGCAUCAAAUACAAAAUCUCUGUUAGAGAGACACCAACAGACUCUGAGUACAAGUUUAGGACAGUUCAUUAAACAAAAUACACAAUCAGAAACAUUAAAUGAAUCUAAUCAGACUGAAACUAAAGAUGGUGGUAAUUCUUCUUGA